CAGGCCAGCACUAUGGGGCCACAACAUUAUUUUAUUAAAAGUCCGUUAAGUCUCGUUCCGUUUUCAGAAAAGGCUCUGUGGAAGGGCUCAGGAUUUCUUCCAUCGUUUUACCGUGCUGUAGCAGCUGAGGGAGGUACGCAGGGCUCUGUGUCCCCGUGUGUGUGUGUGGGUUGAGAAGCUGCUCAGGCUCUGAGGGUGUGCGGGACGCGGAGCGAGGAGCGGCAGCGAUCUCUCAUCGCCGAUCCGACCGCGGGGGAGGCUGGGCCGGGCGCGGCGGCGGCCGGGCGGGGGAGCUGCGGGGCCGCCGGCGCCAUGCCCUCCGCCGUGGUGGAGUACAAGGGAUGGAAGGACGGCUACGGCUGCGGCUACUGCGGCGCGGCGCGGGGCAAGGUGUCCGCGGGUAUGUGGGCACAUUCGAUGACAGUUCAAGAUUACCAGGAUCUCAUAGACAGAGGAUGGCGAAGAAGUGGAAAAUAUGUCUACAAACCUAUCAUGAAUCAAACAUGUUGUCCUCAAUACACAAUAAGGUGCCAGGCUUUGCAUUUUCAGGCUUCCAAGUCCCACAAGAAGGUUCUGAAGAAAAUGUUGAAAUUUCUUUCCAAAGGGGAUGUUUCGAAAGUAGCGAGUGAAGAAGAGCCGAUGGAUUCCCAUAUAGAGGAUGUGGCCACGUGUGAUUUUCCAUACAAAAGUGAGUCUCAGGUCAGUCAGUCUGACCUGACUCCCUUGGCUGAGGAUCACACUGAGAGGGUGGAGAAUGAAGAUAAGGACUCAGGGGAAACAAAAGAAGAGGAGAAUGUGCAGAAGGUGGAAUCGGAUUCUGUUCAGAUCUGUACAGGCAAAGACACACCAGUCCCUGCAGAACCAUCACAUUCAGCUAAAGCUGCUCAUGCACCACCUAAGCCAGGGAAAGGGGCUGAUCUGAGCAAGCCCCUGUGUCGGAAAGCAAAGGACAUAAGGAAAGAGAGGAAACUACAGAAGCUCCUGCAGAACCAGAUGGGCACAGUAGAAGGCUCUCAGCUUCAAGGAGAACAAGCUUUCCUCUUGCAGAACUCUAAAUCUAAAACAAACCAGCCUAAAAACAUUGAAGACUUUGUUUUUGUCCCUCUGCCUGAUGAUGCACGGCACAAAUUAGAGGUGAGGUUAGUACCUGUCUCCUUUGAGGACCCCCAGUUCAAAUCAUCCUUCAACCAGUCUGCCACUUUAUUUGCCAAGUAUCAGAUGUCUGUUCACAAGGACACACCUUCUGACUGUGGGGAGAACGAGUUCACACGAUUCCUCUGUGAUUCCCCUCUGGAGGCAGAGCAUGGCCCGAACGGGCCGGAAUGUGGCUAUGGCUCCUUCCACCAGCAGUACUGGCUGGAUGGGAAGAUAAUUGCUGUUGGUGUCAUUGAUAUCCUGCCCUACUGUGUGUCCUCAGUCUAUCUCUACUACGACCCAGACUUCUCCUUCUUAUCUUUGGGAGUCUACUCUGCCUUACGAGAAAUUGCUUUUACUAGACAGCUUCAUGAAAAAGCUCCUGAUCUCUGUUUUUAUUAUAUGGGUUUCUACAUUCAUUCCUGCCCCAAAAUGAGAUACAAGGGUCAGUACAGGCCCUCUGACCUGCUGUGUCCAGAGACCUACGUGUGGACACCCAUUGAGCACUGCCUGCCCCUGCUCGAGCACUCCAAGUACUCCCGCUUCAACCAGGAUGGAAAAGCAGUGGACGAAGGCCGCCUGAAGGAGCUGGGCAGGGUGAGGGUGCUGCACAAGAGGACGGUGAUGCCUUACAGCGUGUACAAGAAGAGGAGGAAGGGCCCGAGCGACGAGGCCAGCGUGCAGCAGUACGCCAGCCUGGUGGGACAGAGCUGCUCCGAGAGGAUGCUGCUCUUCAGGAGCUGAGCCCCACCAGGUGGCAUUUCAAUGGCACCACCCUUCAUUGCACUGCCCCUGGGUGAUGUGUACCACGGCCGUGUGCUGCUGUGCCCACUGAGACAGGCUGUGUCAAUACAUGGGACUGUGUGUAAAGGCCAACUCCAGUAAAUCUUACAGUACAGCAAGGCUUUAGCAAUAUAAGUUUAGAAAAACCACGCUUGCAGUAUAUUUUAAUUAAGUAGUUCUAGCCUUUCUAUGCAUUAUGAAUAAUUCUGAGUAUCUAAGCAAAAUGAAAAACAGGUGUCUUUUUUUUUUUUUUUUUUUGUAGAGAUGAAGGUUGGCUAAAUCUAGAUUAAGAAUCAUUAAAUUACAGAUGUUUUCAAAUAGCACCUUGGAUAUCUGUCGUUAAAAAUUGCUGUGAAAUUUGUGCUCGCACUUGUAUGCUCCUAAAAUCUUGCAAGAGAACUGAAACAUACUAUUAGUUUCCAGCAUGAUACAAUUUUAUUUCAGCAGUAUGUUUAGAAAACGGGAAGAAAUUAUUUUCACUGCACAUUCUUCAUUUGUUGAAAGCAGUAAGUCAGUGUCAGAGGUCCUAGUGAGUGUAGGAGUUUGUGGUAGGUUCUCAGUGGCAGGGGAUGCAGUGCUUUGGAAAACUUACCCCCCUCAGAGAAGAAGCAGAACAGUUGCACUAUAAAUAUACCAAAGAUAUGCAGCCAAGUGGCACAGUGGUUUUUGGUAUAAGCCUUAUCCUUUGUCUAACAAGAGUGGGUAUUUCAAUGCACAUGGCUAAUGUGAAAUAGAGCUGGGGAGGUUUAUCCUGCAGCUCUCAGUGCACAUUUCAGAACUAUGCUAACAAAAACAAGACAUGAGGUACCACUGCUGGGUUUUGUUGCAGGUGCUUUUUUUUUUCUGCAGAAUUGUACAGGAAGACUUAAAUACCAUAUUCCAGCUUUUUUACUGACUGUUUAAUUUUUGGUGCAGCAGCUCACGGGUUAACAUCCUUAAUAACAUUUUAGUAAAUACUUCUGUUGGAAACACAGGAAGUUGUGAUCCUUUGUGAAAGCACUUUAUUAUCUCAUAUAUGAGCGUUGUCUGUGUCCCUGUUAAGUCAUAUAAGUUGGAGGAAUUUGGGGAAAUAACACUGUUGUAUAAUUCAGUAAUGUAUUACAACACUGUAACAUUACCAGUGCAUUUGUGUUUCUUAUCUUCUUGGAUAACAGGGGCUGGUAUUUACCUUGAAUCAACUUGGAGUUUCCUGUUAGCCUUUGAACAAAGAUUCUUAUUCAAGGAUAUGUGGGUGGUUUUCCCCCAGAAAGGAAACAAAUUCAGUUUUACCCUCGGAGGGUUACAUCUCCUAUCAUUCAUGGAUUCAUUGAUUUCAUUUUAAAUACUUAGCCAAUAUUAUUAAUCAUGAAUUUUUAUAUGCAGCAGACAUGAGAACUUGGGGAAUCAAGCGCAAUGCAGAUUUAACUUUGUUUUGCCAUAUCUGUUUGAUAUGAAAUUAGUGUAUAUUGUAAUAUUAUUGAUAGUACAGCUUCAAUAACAACUUUAAAAAGUCACUUUAUGUUUUAUUAAUUGGGCUGCACAGUAUUGAUCCACUCCCAGUCUGCAGCAGAAGUGGUCAUUCACGUCAGCAUCGUAUCUGGUGUGUGUUUAUCUGUUGCCUGGUACUGAGAAGUUUCUUUGCACUGCACCUUCUGGUUUGUCCAUGCCUUACCUCAGCCUCCUGCUGUGGGGAGAGCCACUCAAUGAUCCUCAUGAAGAUUAUUGUUGUGAAGAAUUCCUUUCUGUGGAGAAAACACCCACAACCACUCUGUCAAAUAGCAGAACGUGUUCUGCCUACACAGCGUGCUGAAAAGUGGUGAUGCCCAUAUGGCCUGCAACCAAAUUAAAUGAGAAAACCUUUUUAUGUGAUAGAAGAUCAGUUAACAGGCACUGAGGAAUUUCACUAUGAAUUACAAAACCUUAAAGGUUAUCAAAGCCAUUUAAUGACAGCCUUGCUGAGCUCCUGGAGAAGUUAAAGUUUCUGUUAAAUUUCAAGGGAGCAGACUUAAUGUCCCCACUGAGAGUUCCUGGAGAGCUCCAUCUCUUUGUGCCCGUAUUUGUUACUGAUGUGCCUUGGAUUAGACUUUUAUCUGAUGCUCUGUUUCUCUUGGGGAGCUUUUAAGGACUGCAGCUAAAGGAAAGUGAGAGAAGUAUAAACCUGCAAACCGAGCACAGCUUGAGGCUGUCCUCAGUGUGAGCACUGGAGGUAAAUGACCAUUUCCUGUGACUCUGAAAUGGUGCUUUCACUUUCUGACCUCCCCUGGGACUGCAGCACCACGGCAGACCGGGCUCCUGGCUCGUACUCAACUCAAAUAUGGAUUUAUAUUAAAAAGCAAAACCAGGCGACACUGAGAUUAACUCAGAAACUGAGUUCAUCUCCUGUGGUUUGCUGAGCUCUGACUCACUUUGGUGUUAUUUUGGAAGGAAACUGGUGCAGUAUUUUUGAGGACUGAUACCUCUAUCCCUGUUUAUGGACGGGGGACAGAGGCUGAGGAUGAAGUUCUGUAAAUUUUGCCUGUGACUUCAGUAGAGCUGAAAAUUCACCACUAUUACAAUAUUAUUUAAUAUAUUGCCAUUGACGAUUCUUGAACUUAGAGAUAUUUAACUUAGCACAAACUAUUUUAUGGAAGUUUUUUUUUUUGUGUAGCUGGUUUAUGAGAGUCAGUCUCCAAUGUAAGGUUGCCUUGUUCUGUCAUCUGUUGAUAAAUGAGCAUAGAACAGUGGUAGAAAAUGCAGAGUUGUGACCAGUGCUAAAAAUGCCAUUUUUUGUUUUAAUUGGAAAGAAAUGGGAAGCUUACACAUGUCCAGCAUCAACACGUGUCAGUAAAUUCAAGAAACUGCAUGUCGAGUUUGUAAUUGCUUUUUAGCAGGCCUGUUUGACUUGCAAGUGUAGAAAAUAAAGUUAUUUCCCAUCUCUGUGAAUUAUUACAAGAAGUAAGAGCUCUGAAUGGGAUUUCUGCAUUAGUUUGUAGGAAUUUCAUUAUCCUGGAGAUUGACCAAUUGUCCAGUGAACAGAAAAUCAAAGAACCCAUCAAAGGGUGGCAGUGAUUAGAAGGGCAACCUACGAGUUUAAAAUCAUGUUCAAAACAUAUGACCUGUUUUGGAACUAAGUUUUAGUUCCAGCCAGCCAGAUAAAUAAAGAGAUUGCAUGAAAUAUAAUUGAUACUUCUUUUCUGAGUAGAAUAAAAUAAAGAGAUUUUUCACAAAUUGA